AUGGAUCCAGAAAUCCAGGACAUGGACGUAUCCAAUAAAUACUGCCCUAUAUGUGGGGUGGUUCUUCUCUGCGAAGAUGAACCGGAAGACCCCUCCGAGACCCAGCGGCCAUGGUACGCCGAAGUACGUGCGACGGUCAAGCAAGACUACUGUGACAAUUUUAUGACAGGUGUAGGUUUUCUUGGCUCCCGCGAUAUUCUCUGUGCUCCAUUAGAUGAAGAACUGGACUACAGUAACGCGAUGGAGCUCGAGGAUGUGGAAUUGCUGAGAACGGAAUCACCUCUGCACGGCUUUGGUCUCCACGAUUCCUGUUGGAUGUUGCUACAGGACCGUCUAUGGCAUACAAUUGACUCGGAAGAAAUUGCCCAGUCCCUGUAUGAUCAGUUUUUCUGCACUCCAUCACCGCUGGAAUCUAGUCUCUCUUUCGGUCAUGAUUAUGGGGGUGCUAAGCGUUGGCAAAGAGCGUAUGCCGACGUGCCGAUGCCGGAGGACAUGCCACUACUCUUGCAGACGGAUCCAUAUGCUAUUCCACUGCUGGAAAGGCUGGAGGAGAACGCACCUGAUGUGGAUGCCGGACGGGAAACUCACUCGGCAUCUCCUACGUCGUCCACCGACAUCAAUACUGGAUACCUCAACUCCUUCGGCCGAAUGUCCUUAGAACUUCUUCACGAGGUUGUAUCGUACUUAUCGGUCCCUGAGCUCCUGGACCUAAGAUAUACAUGUCGAGAGCUUGCACGACGUGUGGUAUUUUGUAGCCUACCACAGUCCUUCUGGAAGAGACAGUUUGCUCGAGGCAACGACAUGGAUUUCCUCUUCCCUGAUCUAGAACAAACACGGGAUUGGUUCCGCUUAUAUCGCGGCACAGUUUCCAUCCUUCACACCAAAGAUCAAUCCCCGGAAAGGCUCUCCCUGCUGAACCGCAAGAGAAUCCGUGCGCUCCUGGAACCAAUAGCAUCUGUUGUAGAAGCGGACAGCGGACGAUCGAAAGAGCCUCGCGGGCGCCGGGCUAACUGUCUGGAGUUUCGGCCUGGCCAUUGGCUGGUAUCAGAGGGCUUGACCCAAUGGCGUGCGGAAAAUAUUUACACGGCAUACAUCAGCGUGGAAUUGGAGGUUCUUCCACAUGGAUGCCGCGUCCCUCGCUACCGGAUUAGCGCGUUCCCACAUACCAUGUUACAUGGUGGAGAAAUCAAAAUAUCAACUGUGCGGCUCGGGGCACGGGUGUUCAUUUCUGGCAUCAGUCAUCAUUCUCAAGAUACACAAGUGACAACAGAACAGGCCGUCGGAUAUGGAGACUUGACCGGCGAGAUAACGAUCAAUGUCCCUCCUGGGGCCAUAUUCAAUCAAAUCGAGCUUGCCUUUUGCCCAGAAGGCCUUCGGGGGAUACGCUUUCAUUUUGGCGGAAACACUAUAUCCGACUGGGUUGGGGAUUCAGGUGAUGAGAACAUGAGCUAUGGCGUCCUGCAAAUCCCCCAUUCGGCCAGUGGGGUAUAUCAUAUCCUUGCUGGUACAGAUACAUAUAAACUAACCGCUCUUGGAACCAUUCAUGACGAGGCACGGGCUGAUACGUCUAAUGAUCCCUUUUGGCGGGAUUAUCCUCUCGAUCUUACCUUACCUAAUUCAUAUUUGUGGCAGUCCAAACGACCUAGCUAUGACACUCUACAGAUUUAUCAGUUCCAACCCGACAACGUAGGGCCACCCUAUCGUCCUUUGAUGAAUAUUGACUUCGGAGGGCCCGGUGGCGAGUGGCUUGGUUCACUUAUCAGCAUGGAGGUGCAUGUCUCAUCUGAGUCCUCUCCGAUCCUUGGCAUGACAUUCAACUACACGGAUAAGGCCUUGCGGUUUGGGGGGGAACGCAUUAUCGACGUUGUAGGGAGUACAACUGGCCAUAGCGACUCCAGCACUAUUUAUGGCUUAAAGGUCACCACAAGCCUCAGUCGAGAAAUAGAGUUCCAGCCUGACAAUCCAUGCGACGGCUCCAGGAGCCCAGGUAUGCUUUCGCCAGAUCGCCGAUACGUUAAUGAGCGUCCUCGGGGAAGCGUUAUUACUGGAUUUGUGGCCACACAACGCUGGGGUGAGGAGCACUUUAUAGAGUUUGGUAUACAAGUUCAAUUGCUCGAUAGGUCGGAUGAAAGCCGGGGUGCAUGA